CGGUCCAACUCGGGGUCAAAGGCCUCGGGGCUCAGGUGCGCUUAAACUACAUCGUUCUUUUUUCUUUCCUGCACCAGGCUGGCUGCCUACCCUGCAGAUCGUCCGCCAUGCCAAGUCAGUCACUCGGCACUGGAAGGCGAUGCACUUUGAGCGGCAGAAACUGAUGGCGGUGACGGAGUACAUCGCUCCCAAACCGGCCGUCCCGGAGAAGUGCAUCACUCCCUACAUCAAAGCAGUCAAGGAGGAGAAUGGCUAUGCAAAGCUGUUACGCUGGCAAGUGGUGGAGACGUUCCGGGAGAGUAAAAUGAUUGCCGUGUGUCAGCACAACUUUACGCCCAGCGAGGAAAUGCUGCUCAUGAAACACCGCCUCAGGAAGCACAACAUCCAAGUCAAGUUCUUCCCUAAUGAGAUUGUGAGACCCUACCUGUCAGUAUCCAAAUACAAGAACCUCCUUCCUCUCUUUGUGGGCUUCAAUCUCAUGUUAGUGAGCCCAGAAAUCAAGGUGAAGGAAAUGUUGCGAAUACUGAAGAACGUGCCACAGAUAAACCUCCUAGGUGCCUGCAUUGACGACACCAUCCUAAGCAAGCAGGGGGUCAUAAACUACUCCAAGCUGCCCACUAUGGAAAUCACCCAGGGGCAAGUGGUGGGCACUCUUUCUCUCCUGGCGUCCCAGGCGUGUGCUCUCCUGCAGCACAGCUCUGUGCAACUCACGGCUUUGCUGGAUCAGUACAUCAAACAGCAAAGUGGCGGAGCUGGGGAGACUGAUAGGAAGGCAGGGGAAGGCCAGGCUGAGUUGGGGCCUGCCAAGAGUUCUGCAGGCCUUUGAUGCCAGUUCCCUGGCACACUGUUUAUUAACCACAUCCUGUACAUAGAGGCUUAUAGCAGGGAGCCUGCCAGGAUUCAUCUCAGGUUGGUGCGGAUUAGUGGGAGAGGCCAAUCGCCUGUCUAAGCCAACAACAGAAUUAGCAGGAAAAAGAUCCUAGGGGACUAACCUGUCAGACUGGUGCUAAUGGAAUGUGCUACUGUUUGGGGGUGGAGUCUGCAAGGUGGGUCCAGUCCCCCUUUCUCAGCCUGGAUAUGCGACGCUAUUCCUCCCUCCACUUUCUGUAACGCCCCCUCUGGUCAGUUGGUAAUGCCGCUGAUGGAUCAUCUCGAGUCUUCGUCAGUGGGAAGGAUUGUUCAGUGAUGUGGGGAGCGGAGCAGAUGGUGGCUGUAGUACUGAAUGCUUUCCAACCACCACCAAUCCAGCAGUGAGAAUCACUGGGCUCCGGGGGGGCCAGAAAGCACAUGGGGAAAUUCAGAGCCCCUCUCUCAAUUAGGGGAACUGAAAGGCAGCCACCUCUGGGGUGGAAGGCACCAACUGUUUAACAACACACAGUAACGCUCCUCUACAGUUUAAGACAGGAAGUGAAGAAGACACUGAAACAGCAGGCUAUGCUAGGGACACAGAACGGAGGGAUAUGCCUUCACAGCAGCUGGAAAGUGUAAUUCCCAGUGCGGGCAGAUGUACACACGUUAGCUCUGCGUAAGCUCCCCCCUAAAUAUAGCACUGUGUCCACCGUGGCUCGAGGUAGCCGCCUGUGUCUAGUCUCACCCAACCCCCCGUGGGGCUAGUCUGUGCGCCUGUGGCCACCCUGCAAUUUUUAGGUGUGGCUUGAGUAGAGCUAAUGCACGGACGUCUGUCCCAGCCGGGUAUUCUGUCUCCCAGCUGCUGUGUCGACGUCCCCUUCAUGGCUUGAGUGCGCGGUUACCCCUAGAGCAGGAUGAGCGUUUUCUAUGGAGACAUUUUUGCUGAUGGAAAAUGGUUUUUUUUUUUGGCAAAACAGAAUUUCUUGGGGGAGGGAAGGGGGCAUCUGUUCUUGUUAAACUGUGAAAGAUUCUGGAAAAUCUCCAAGUGCCACUGAUUUUCCACUGAGUCUGAAACCAAGCCCAGCCCUGCGUUAGCAGGAAGGGAUGUUAGCAAAAUAGCCUUCACAGUGUAGUCAAGUGGCAGCCAAUCUCUCCUCUUCGCUGCUGCUUGCAGGGGCUGGGUAGCGAUGGGGAACUGAAGAUGUGGAGAUAGAUUUUAACCCUGCUGUAAAUUGGCCUAAUACCACUGAUGUGAGUGGACUUGUGCCUAGCUGAAGCAGGGCUGUGGAUGGCAUAAAUCUACAGGCCUGCUGUAUAAAAUGCUUUGUCCUAGCAUUGUCAACACUGUCAUUUAAAUUGUUAUUGGCCCAGAGCCCCUAUUUUUUUUUCUGAUCGCUUUGGCCUCAAAGUUGUGUGGACUGGGGCCAUGCAGUAGCAGUGACAAUACUGCCUAUGCCUCCUCCAAAGAUGGACAAACUCCCUGAAAGCGAGUUCUGGCGUGGGUGUUAACGGCUGCCUGUGCACAGCUCCUUCGUCUGUGCUAUUGAACUGAACUUUGUAAAGCAUCAAAGCCCGGCCCCAGCCUGGCAGUGGGAGCGAAAUGGGAGGA